AUGGAAGCUCCCACUGGCUUCAACGCCACACUGUCGGAUUUGAUAUCUGAUGCCAUGAGCGGGAGCGAAUUCGAGGACCCUUUCUGGAUAGUUGAAAAGAUGGUUAACAGUGUCGUUGGCGUCUUCGAUACAACUGUCUGGGCCGUCCGCGACGAGGUGAGAAACAUCGAGAUGCUCCAAAUGCCACCUGACCGGAAACCGAGCCCCAACUACCGCUCUAUGCACGACUUGGCGAGGCAUGCGAUACAUGUUUCUGAGAGUCUCGACGUCUCGCUCGAGACAGUCGGAUCAAUGAUCCGCAAUCAUGAUGGCCUUCUCAAAGCCAGGUCUGACAGAACGUCGGCACGCGUGGGAAAGACCAUCCAUUCGCGGCUUCAGUUCAUGGAAAACAUACUCCACAGCUUGCGGUCUCGCUCCAGUUCCAACCAGCAGCGCCUCUUGAAUGAGAUACAAUUGGCUUUUCAUACUGUUGCUCAAUACGACUCCAAGACUUCAAUCGAAAUCACACAGUCGGACAGCACUGCCAUGAGGACUGUAGCAUUUGUGACGCUUAGCGCCCUUCCAGCAAUGUUCGUGUCGUCGAUAUUCAGCAUGAGCUUCUUCAACUUCGACUCUGACGCAACUUCCGGAUUCAUCUCAGACAAGUUUUGGAUUUUCUGGGCCAUCACCAUUCCCCUUACUAUUGGUAUCUCGGUCUUUUGUGCCUAUUCUCAUAUUUUACCGUCUCUUGGGCUGACGAGAAGGGUGCCCAGUUAA